CGGGAGGGCGGAGCGGCCGGAGCGAGAGCGCGCGGGUGGCAGGCAAGCGGGCCGUCGGGCGCCGGAGCCAGCGGGCAGCGCCGCGUCCCCCAGCCGGGCCGCGGAGCCGGGCAGGCGGCGGGGAGCCAGCCGGGAUGCGGACGCCCACGGUGAUGACGCUGGGCAUGGUGUUCAGCCCCUGCGGGCUGCUGCUCAACAUGGUCAGCACGCUGGCCCCCGGCUGGCGGCUGGCCAGUGGCUUCCUGGACAAGCCGGUGGACACCGUCCUGUACCAGGGCCUGUGGGACAUGUGCCUGGAGCAGAGCAGCCGCGAGCGCCAGUGCGGCCAGCAGGACGAGUGGGGCUACUUCACAUCCGAGCCGGUGCUCGCGGCCCGUGGGCUCAUGCCCACGUCGCUGGCCGUCACGGGCCUGGGGCUGCUGCUGGCCACCCUGGGCGUGCGCUGCUGGCGGGACGAGCCGCAGUUCGCGCUGGCCGGCCUCUCCGGCGCUGUGCUCUUCGUCGCGGGCCUCUUCAGCCUCAUCCCGGUCUCCUGGUACACUCACUUCCUGGGCGAUCGCGAGGUCCUGCCCGGCCCGGCCAGCCCGGUCACCUUGCAGGUGAGCUACUGCCUGGUGCUGGGCUACCUGGGCAGCUGCCUGCUGCUGCUGGGCGGCUUCUCGCUGGCGCUCAGCUUCGCGCCCUGGUGUGAGGAGCGGUGUCGCCGCCGCCGCAAGGCGCCCCCCGCCGGCCCGCGCCGCAGCAGCGUCAGCACGGUCCACGUGGACUGGCCGGAGCCCGCGCUGACCCCGGCCAUCAAGUACUACAGCGGGGGCCAGCACCUGCCGCCGCCCGCCGAGCGCUCCGCUGCCGCCAAGCCCAGGGUCGGCUUCCCCAUGCCGCGGCCACAGCCUCGGGCCUACACCAACCCAGUGGACGUGCUGGACGGGGAGCAGGACGCGGGGACCGCCUCCCAGAGCUCUUCCUCACACAGCACCCGGCCCUGCCACAGCUCCCUGCCCUGCGACUCUGACUUGUAGACACCCAGCCCGCCCCUGGUUGCUGGGGCACAAGCUCCAAGCUCAGCCCGGGGCUGAGGGUGAUCAGGCUCCUCCCUGCCUUGGCCGGCCGGGAGCCAGUGUACACUACUCAGGCUGCAGCUGCCUGCUCUGAGUUGCAGGAACCCACGGAGACCUUCCUUCCCAGUGACCGGACUUCUUGGACGGUUAGUUCAGCUUGGGUUCAGUUUUCUUCUUAUAGAGCUUUGUUUUCUUCUCCAGAGGGAUCAGGGCCUCUUACAGGGUAACCUGUGCUCCAUAUUUUCUUGCUGAAGGAGAUCUAGAAAGGGCAGUGUGUGCAUCGUGGUGACCAAGGACAGUAACAACAACGAAACGUUGAAAUCAGCCAACAGAGACUCAAAAGCGAUUCAGCGCCUUGAAACUAGUGUUUUAAAAUAUCGAUGAAUCUUACAUCAAUAUAAUUAUUGUAUUUUUCCUGCCUUAUUGCUCUGCUGUCAUGUGAGCUCUCCAAAGGCCAGUGUAUUUCUCUCUCAGGAGGCUUCUAAACUGAAAGCCACGCAAAUGCCACCAGUUUUAUUGGCGCUUACAGAGUGCAAUAACUUGGAGUGCAUGUGUCCACAAUUCUUCCUGCCUACAUAGGGUUUAUCUUUCAUAUCACUUCCUUUGGUGUGAAAGGUGGGAUCAUUCAAGAGUUUCUCUUCCAAUAACUAGGAGAAUGAAGACAUUAACGUUUUAUUGUCCUAUUCCUUGGAUUCCUUUUAUUGUCCUGGACACAGAGGACUAUAGAUUUACUAUUUAUACAAAAUAGAACCUGUGAUGACAUUUGGUUAAAGUACCUGUGUAUAUCUUUUAUUUAUAAAUAAAAAUGUGAAACAGUUAGUUUCAAGGUACUCACAAAAGUGUUUUUGUCUCCAGCACAACCUUCUGGAGUUUUAGUAUUCAUUACUAACGAUUUCCUGUCUGCCAAGGCACUGUUUGUGAAAUUUAGCACUCAGAUCUUUGUAAACCUUCGCAUUAGAUUACGAAUCAGAUUAAGAAAAGCAGCCAGCAGGACCCACUUACACCCCAGAUUGCUUUGUUUUCACAAUCAGGCUGUGUUCUCUGCAAAGCCAAGUCUAUUGAAAAAAACUAGAAGCACCAGUUUUCACUUGAGGUGAGAGGAGAAAUUUUUUCUUCUUGCAGGGAUGCCUGAAGUCUCAGGUAGGCAGCUUUCUGCUCCGUGAGAGGGACUAGCUCGCCAAGAGGGCUGGCUUUUGCUUCAAGUGGUUGAUUUAAAGGUGCCUUUAAUGGAACUAAAUCUCAUCUUUAAAACCUGCCCUUGGGCAGUGGGAACCCUCAAUGCAAUAGGCACUGCUAAGACGAGGCUACAGUGGAGCUAAAUAUCAGCACAGGCGCUGGCAAGUUAUUAUAUAUCUGCAUUCUUACCACUUGGCAGUGAAACGCCCUGGAUGCUAAGACUCAGCUCUAUUGUGCAGGUAUGCCGCUCUGUGGUAUUUUCAAAUAUAGAUUCUGAUGCUGCCGGUCCAGAGGAGUGAUGACAAACCUUUCAGAGGUUUCACUGAUGACAAACACCAGCUGCAGCAUGGGUGCCAUAGGCUCCCUACUCCUGGCCUAGAGGACCUGCAAGUGGCCCCUGGAGAGACUGCCAGUGCCUCUGCCAAUGCCCAGGGCUUGUGGACCACGUUUAGAGUUGCAUGACUUUCACUGAGACUCUGCCUCGCUUCACCUGCAUCCCAACUGGUGGCUCUAAUGACCUUCCCUUGCUGGCCACUUCCUCUAGAGUUUGGUUGUUACUGUGGGGAACAGUCAGAAUGAAUGGUGGGUAGCUCUGAUCUUUUCAGCCAAUGUUUCCAAAGGCAGCGAUUAGGGGCCUUAGCAAUCAGGACUUAGUCAACAAUGUAGAGAUACCGGGAUUCUGGCAAGAACUGUAUCUGUCCAGCAUCGUAGUUCCAAAUAUUUCCAGAAAAAUUUUGAUAAAAACAAAGCUGUUUUGUAUGUUUUACUUUCUUCCCUCCCCAGCUGCUCUCCAUGGCUUAUCUAAAAACACUUGCAUGAUUAAGAACAUUUUUUCAUUUGCUCAGUGAAAUGUAAAAAUCUAUUUUACCCUAUCCAUAAAAAUAAAAUUCCUUUAAGAAAUACA